AUGCCGGGAGCCGAGAGUGCAACAAAGAAGCCUACACACAACGGCCCGCUAGUCAGGCAGAAAAAAGACAAGCGCACCAAGGCCAACGACAAAGACAUGUCGAAGCUCUCACCGUCGCUCAAGGCGCUCAUCAACGCGCCUUUUGCCCGCCCGGGCCAGGCCCCUGCCCCGCGCCAAAUCCGCGACAUCUACGCCCGCAUCGCCCGCGAGGCCCGCGAGCGCCGGUAUGGUGAGAGGCCUUGGAUCGCUCUCUCGGCCGCCGCAACAUUCACCCUCAACUCCCCCGCAUCCCUGCUUAUCCUCCACGACGUAGCAACCACCAACCCUCCGCCGGACACCACUCCCUUGUCCCCCCUCGCCGCAGCGGAGUUGAUCCGCGAAAUAGGCCUCAAAUGCAUCUCCUUCAACGGCAUCCCCCGCACUAUCAACUGCCUCGGCGCCUUUAAAGCUGGCCUGUCCCCCUCCAUCACCUCCCAACUGUCCACAACCCCCACUCGCACCGUUACCCCCUCCAACGCUGUCGCCGUCGCCGCCCGCGGCCGGAACCUCUGGCACAGCGUGUACACCCCAUUCGACGCAAAGCUGGAAACCAAGCUGGCGGAUUCCCACCCCGAUCUGCCAGUACACAUCCUGAGUUCACACUACGGGCCUUUGCUCUCUGAUCCUGAGCCGGGUCGGGCGCUGGGUAGAGUUGGGAGGGCAUUGACGAGCGUAGUGGCGAUUGCGUGUCUCAGGGCGCAGACGGGAGUCGGACCACAGGUGCUGUCGCAUGUUUUCGGGUUGCGGAAGGCGGUUGAGCAGGGAGUGCAUGGGCUGGGGGAGGAGUUUGGGGGAGGAGGGGAUGGAAGGUAUUGA